UUGAGAUGUUUUAUAACAGUAGGACCCACCCACCAAAACCUCAAAGCUGCUCUGUUAAACUUGAACUGACUUCCUUGUUUCGAAGCGUCUCGUUCUACUAAACAUGCAAAAAGCCAAAGUUAAAAAGGUCAGCCCAGCUACCCUCACUUCCAAUUUAGCAGAAGUGCAAAGAGAACAGCUUUGUGCUUCGCUAGGGGAUGCGGAUCUGACCCUUCUCUACAAAGCUUCAGUUCAUGGAUAUCAAGCUUCUGCCUUCCACCAGAGAUGUGACCGUCAGGGUCCUACUUUACUUGUAGCCUACAACCGAUCAGGCUACGUCUUUGGUGGAUACACUAGUGUGGAGUAUGCACGAAGUGGCCAGGAAAUUACAGAUGAGGAAGCCUUCCUUUUCAGUCUUACAAGUGGAACCUCUAUCUACACCAAGGUGAACAGUGGAUAUAAGGCACGUUAUGAUGAUGCUAAAGGGCCCAGCUUUGGCCAACAGCUGUACUUUUGCUACAACAACCAACCAGUUUUGUAUCAUCAAGGAGGGAAUGCAUUCAACAUAAAUACCUCAUCAAUGUAUGGCAAUGACACUCAGCUGAGUGAAUGUGAGGUGUAUAAAGUCGAACAGCAGCCUGAAGUCAGCAUUGAGGAGAAACCAUGGAGGAAUUUUCUAUGGACACCUGAACGAAAAGAAGAGAUUAUGGAAAUGAUCAGGAAUCAUAAACCCCUGAUGAAGUCUGUGAGCAAGGUUAGAAUCCUAACGAUCGGUCCUGUAGGAGCUGGAAAAUCCAGUUUCUUCAACUCCAUCAACUCCAUCUUCACUGGUCAUGUGACCAACAAAGCCAUGUCAGGAUCUGCAGGAACUAGUCUCACUGUACAGUUUCGCACAUAUCCAGUGAAUGAUGGUCGUGGAGGAAAGCCAUUGCCAUUUGUGUUGUGUGACACCAUGGGACUCGAGGAGCAAUCAGGUGCAGGACUGGAUAUUGAGGACAUCAGCAGCAUUCUUCAAGGUCACGUACCAGACCGCUAUAAAUUCAACCCCAUGGCACCGUUUCAACCUGAUGAUCAAAAAGCCUCCAGACCUGCAUCUCUGCAGGAGAAGAUCCACUGUGUGGUCUACGUGAUCGACGCCACCAAAAUCUCCCUCAUGUCUGAUAAACUCGAGGAGAAACUUGCUUCCAUACGCCGAAAAAUUAACUCACUGGGCAUCGCUCAGAUCGUCCUCAUGACCAAAGUAGAUGAAGCCUGUCCUCUAGUGGAGAAGGACCUUCAAAGCCUCUACGUCAGCUCCUACAUCAAGUCAAAGGUUCAGGAGGUGAGCUCUCGGUUGGGUGUGCCGGUGUCUUGUGUGUUACCGGUGAAGAACUACAGUCAGGAGCUGGAGCUGGAGCUCAACUGUGACGUCCUGCUGCUCUCCGCUCUACAGCAGAUGCUUCGCUUCGCAGACGACUAUUUUGAUGAUAUUCGUCCUGUGGAGGACAACACUAAAUAAUUUUUUUAAGCUCCUGUGACUUUAUGCUCUAUAAGAAGACUAAUAGUUUGACUAUUUUGUACAUUUGUUUUGCCAAUUAUGUCAACUCGGUGAAAAUAUAAACAAUAUUUGCUUAAAAAAUCUGCUACCCACCUUAAUUUUAACACAAAAGUGGGUGUGGUUUAUAAAUUGAUUGUGCAGUGAUGAGUGUCAUUUUCCAAUUAUUUUAGCUGUACAAUAACAGCCCGUAUAUAUCACAAUAACUCUCUGCAUCAGAAUUAAUGUAAUUAACCAAUUAAAUGAUGCUGGUAUAGGGCCCAACUGUGGCCAACAACCAACCAUUUUUUUUUUCAAAAUUACAUCAGUGUAAUGCAUUCGAUUUUUAUUCCUGCAAAAAUUAAAAUAACACUCGGCUGAUUAUUAGUUGUACAAUAUGAAGCAAAACGUAUCUACAAUAAAAUUGUUAUAAACUUCA